GGGACUCGGAGUGAGAAGCGAAUAAGGGGCGAACACAGCACAGAGAGGAAUUCAGGGCUGGGAAAAUUGAGCCGAGUCAUCCCAUCUGGCGGCUACCCCGGGAACGGCAGCUCUGCGCGGUGACCCGGGCUCCGGCCGCACCUGCCGCAUCGCCACGUGACCGCAGUUCCAUGGACCAAACACCAAGAAGAAUGCUGGGCCAGCCCCCUUCCAGCCCCACCACCCAGCCCAAGAAGAAAAGCACAUCAGUGAUGUCUUUCUUUUCCAAGGUCUCUUGGAAUCUGAGGCUCCAGAAGCAGGAACCUCUGAAGAAUGUGUUUUUCAUCUUGGCAGAGACAGCCCGGGACCCCAGUGUUAAAAAGCGUCAUAUGGUGAUGAGAGGCCUGGGAACCAUGGCCUGUGAGACCCCGGACAAGGUGAGAAAGUAUAAGAAGAUUAUCCUAGACCUGCUGGUGCACGGUCUGUAUGACCCGGUGAGUUCGGAAGUCAUCCAUGAAAGCAUGAAAACCCUGACCAUCAUCCUGGACAAGAUGCGGGGGAAAGCCCUGGGCUCCUUCUUCAUAGACAUCACCCUUCAGACCCGGACUCUGCUCGAUGACGAGAAUGACAGCCUGAGAUACUCGGCCUUUGUCUUGUUUGGGCAACUGGCUGCCCUUGCUGGACGGAAGUGGAGGAGAUUCUUCACCCGUCAGGUGAAGCAGACUCAGGACUCCCUCCUGACCCACUUACAGGACAGGAAUCCUCAGGUGGCCAAGGCCUGCAAAACAACUUUUCGAGCCUGUUCUCUGUAUCUGAGACAAAGCAAGGACUACAGCUUCCAGAAUGAGGAGGAUCAAAGGCACUCUAAACUCUGCCGGCAGCUGAGCCACUACCAUCCUGAGCUCCUGCAGUUCUUCUAUGCAAAUAAAAUCCUGUAGACACAGAGCGGCAGGGAGGUGGGUCCAGUGAGCGCAUGGCUGGGGGCUGAUAGUCCCCCUC